AUGACCUCCCCCCAGAAGCACGCCGUUUUCGAUGUGGUCGGCACCUGUGUGUCAUUCGAUGUCUUCCUCGACACCAUCGAGCAGGUUCUCGGUCCGCGACUGCGAGAACAUAACCUGUCGGCCAAGAUAUUCGGGUUUGCAUGGAUGCAAUCUUCCGAGCUCGAGUCUCUAAUGCUUCACAUGUCCAAGCGGAGCGUGCCAUACAAGGAUGUUUUCAAAGCGCUCUUUUACCGCGUCUUAUAUCUAUCCGGAAUCGAAGACCCGAGAUCGUUCGCGACCGAGGAGGAAAGAGACACUUGCCAGGAUGCAUAUUCAAAGCUGGAGCUUCGCCCGGAUUGCCGCACCAUGAUGGAGAAAUUGAGGGAAAAUGGCUUCACCAUUUGGUGCUUGACCACAGGCGACACAGAAAGAGUCGGCGGCUACUUUAAGCGCGCUGGCUUUGAAAUGCCCGCCGAGAACCUCGUCAGUUGCCAUCAGUUCAUGAAGCAUGACUCCGCAUCGGAGUCUCCGCUCGAUAUGGUCAAACCAUCGAUGGGUUCCUAUAAGCCCAUGCUGGAUAAGUUUGCGUCUGAGGAUCAAAAGUGGUUCGUUGCGGCGCAUAUGUGGGAUGUGAGCGCAGCUGUUAAAGCUGGCUUCCGUGGUGCCUACUGCUCGAUCUAUGAGAAGGAGUCGUGCAUUGAGAUAUUUGACACUAAGAUGGAUGUCAUGGCCGAUAUUUUGCUCGAACUGGCUGACAAGAUGAUUGAUGUGUCUUCUUCCUAA